AUAAAUAAAAUGUUGAUUUUUAGGCGCCUAUUUAACGUUUUUGUUGUCUUUAUCAUAGUGGUAAGGUUUUUAUAUUUUUAUACAGUAAAUCAAUUUAUCGUUUCAAAUUUUCUAUGGUUGCACAUCCAUAUUGCUGACUCGGUCGCUACGUUGUACAUAUGCUCCCUAUUAUAUAAUACAUAUAGCCAAAAUACUGAAGUAUAUUGGUCAUUGAUGUAGAGGUAUAUGCUUUACUUAACUUGUCUACAAAUAAAUAUUUAUAAGUAAUAUUUAGCGUAUUACAAUUCUCUACAUACUGUAUUUUUCUAAUGGCGGCCGUCAAUAAACAGGAAGCAAUAGUACUUGCAAUUGAUAUAGGAAAAAGUUCCUUACAACUAGAUUCAGAUGGAAAAACAUAUUUUGAAAAAGCUAAAUUUUGUGCUUCUAUGAUUUUAAAGAGAAAAAUAUUUGCUGAAAGUAAAGAUUAUUUAGCAUUAAUAUUAUUUGGAUCAUCUCGUACAAAUAACCAUCUUUCAUCCCAAGGAUGUUAUAAUAUAGAAAUUGUUACUAACUUAGGUAUAGUGACUUGGGAUUUAGUUAAACAUAUUGACAGUUUAUCUUCAGAAGAUAUAACACCUUCAGAUUGGCUUAAUGCUCUUGUUCUUGCUGCAGAUAUGUUGAAAAAGGAAACUGAAGAGAAAAUAUUUAAAGAUCUCCAGAUUGUUAUGUUUUCAAAUCUUGAUACAGAUAUUUCUUUUAAUAAAAUAGAUAUAAUUGCAAGCUGUAUAAAAACGCAACAUAUUAAUUUAACCAUAAUAGGUAAAGACUUUGAAGAUAUAUCACUUAAUCCUGAGUUAGAAAAAUUUAUCAUGAAAACUGAGGCAACUGCUGUUAAUUUUUAUUCAGUUCUACAUAAAUUAAGUCAUUAUAAACAAAAAGAAGUAACUCCAAGAGCUUGGAAUAUCCCUUUGAGCUUUGGAAAUGUUUUUAAUAUUAGAGUUUCCGGUUAUAAAAAGAUAGAUGAGACCGCUAAAAGUUUUAAGUGGUUAUUAUGUAAGAACUAUGAUACAGAAGAUUCAAUUACAGCAAUGAAGAAACACACUGCAUACUUUUAUGUUGAAAAUGGUGAACAAGUAGAAGUUGAUCGUGAAGAUAUAAUAGAUGGAUUUCGCUUUGGUGAUACAAUUAUACCAGUCUCCAAUUUAGAUACAGAUGUAUAUAGUUAUAAAUCUGGUCCAAGAUGCUUGCAAGUAUUAGGGUUUACAAAAGCUAAAAAUAUACAAAGAUCAUUUUUAAUGGACGGAGGAUCAUAUAUUUUUAAACCUCACAAAGAAGAUGUUGUUGCAUUUAAAGUCAUUUUUAAUGCUAUGGUUGAAAGAGAAGAGCUAAUGAUUAUUAAAAAAAUUUAUUCAAAUAAUUGUUUGCCAAACAUUGGUGUAAUGUUUCCUCAAAGAGAAGAUACUGAAAACUAUUUUGUGUGUGUUAAUCUCCCAUAUGCUGAAGAUGAGCAUUUGUUUAAACUUCCUUCAUUAAAAUCAUUUAAACCCAAUUAUGAAGAAAAUAAUGCUGUCAAUAAUCUUAUAGAUGCAAUGGACUUAGAUAAUGAUGGAAAUGAAUUGUUCAUGCCAGAAAAUACACAUGACCCUGGAUUACAAUAUGUGUAUGAUUGCAUUGCUCAAAAAGCCACUAAUCAAAACAAAUUAACAAAAAAAAUUCCAGAGCAUAUCCAAACUUUACUAAAUCCUCCUAAAGAAAUUGUAGAAAAGACUAAACAACCUAUAGAUGAAAUUAUAAACAUAUUUUCACUUCAACCAGAAAUUUAUGAAAAAUGUUCAGUUGAGGAUAAUAAUAUUUUAGAAUUUAAUGGCGACGAAGAAGUAGACCUUUUGAAACAAUGUGUAAUUACAGCAUUCAGCCCAAUCAAAGAUUUUAAUACACUUUUAGAAAACGGAUUAAAUUCUGCAACAGUUUGUGAAAAUAUGAAACACAUAACACUAGACCUAAUAGAAUCUAGUACAAGUAUGGAAGACUUAGAGAAACCAGCAUCAAAUUUGAAAGUUUUAAGAGAAUUUUAUAUAAAUAAUAAUGAUGUUAAGUCAUAUAACAAUUUGAUGUAUCUUGUAAAAGACUCAGUUUUUUUAUCUGGUAAAGAAGGAAUGUGGUCACAAUUUGUUGAUAAUGUUAUUUUGGAUUGGUCCCGCUAUUUAAAUCAAAGAUAUUAUCAUGGAAGACAAAAAUAACCCUUUAUAAAGUACUAGUAAGACCUAUAGCUUUGUAUGCAUGUGGGACGUGGGCCACUACAAAAUCGGAUGAACUAGAAUUGGCCACCUUCGAGCGGAAGAUAUUAAGGAGAAUCUAUGGUCCAAAAACAAACAACGAAGGAGAAUACAAAAUAAGAACAAAUCAGGAGAUCCAAUACCUAUACGGAGAACCGAAUAUUAACGGAAUUUUAAAAAGUAGUAGGCUGAGCUGGGCCGGACACGUGUGGAGAUCAGAGGGGCCAAUUGGACAGGUUACGAAAUGGAAGCCAAAUACAAAAAGGCCUAGAGGACGUCCUAGACAAAGAUGGAAGGAUAGAGUGGUCAAGGACCUGAGGGAACUUGGAAUAGAGGAUGGGGAAGAGCUGGCAAGAGACCGAGACAGGUGGAGGCAAGUGGUUGUUGCGGCAAUGGGCCUGAAUGGCCUGUAAACGCCUUAAAAAAAAAAAAAAAAAAAUGGCACUGAUAAUUACGAUUUAAUGUAUUUUACUAAAAACUAGUGUA